UCUCAUUCUCCUUUCCUUUAUCAGUUCUCUCACUCUCUCUCUUCACCCCCUCCAUCUCUCUCUCUCUCUUAAAACACUCCAUUGAUGCGAUUCUUUACAAAAGAGAAGGAAUUAUAAGAUCAACAGCCAUGGUUUUUUCUUCUGUCCCAGCUUAUUUCGAUCCUUCCAACUGGCAACCGCAGCAACAGAUAAACCACCAAAUAAUCGGGAGCGCGCCACACCCUUCCCCGGCCCCUCCUCCGGCGGGCCCGGGUUCUGGUUCCGGGCCGACCCGGCCCGGCUCCAUGACCGAACGGGCCCGUCUGGCUAACAUCCCAAUUCCCGAGGCAGCCCUCAAGUGCCCGCGCUGCGAUUCCACCAACACCAAAUUCUGCUACUUCAACAACUACAGCCUCUCUCAGCCCCGCCACUUCUGCAAGACCUGCCGCCGCUACUGGACACGUGGCGGCGCCCUACGCACUGUCCCCGUCGGCGGCGGCUGCCGCCGCAACAAACGCACCAAAUCCUCCUCCGCAGCCUCCAAGUCCUCCUCCUCCGGUGGCGGCAGCCGCCACUCUCCGGCGGCCAAUCCCGGCCAGACAGGCUUUUCCGGGAGCCUAUUGAACCUCACGCCGGCGCAGUUCCAUCCGCCGCCCCUUCGGUUCCCGGCCCCUCUUUCCGGACAGUUGGAAUCGGGCCUUGAAUUGGGCCCGAACGGGUUCGCGGGCUUUCAGGGCCCGACGAGCUUGAUGGGGUCGAUUGAGCCGUGGAGGCUCCAGCAGUUCCCGUUUCUAGGGUCUCUCGACACUUCGUUUGUCGGUGGCGGUGGAGAAUUAGGGUUUCUUGGAGAAUCGAGGGCUAAUGCGUUUGCCGCGGUGAAAAUGGAGGAGCAAAACCCUAAUUUGAGCCUGUCGAGGGAGUUAUUAUUGGGCGGGAUUCAGGCGAACGAGCACGCGUGGAAUCUCGGCUCAGGAGCUAGCUGGGCCGAGCUCUCGAGCAACCACUUGCAGUGA